GAUGCCGCUGCCGCUGCUUCUGGUGCUGGUGCUUUUGAUGUCGCUGUCGCGACUGUUACCCUUCAGUGUGCGUUUGCACGUUGAACACGACGGUACAUGUAGCUGAGUGUGAGGAGCCUUCAAUGCGAUUUGUUUGAUCUUGCAACAGUGCAUAAAUACAACCAAAAAAAAAAUUAAAAUUAAAUUAAAUAAUCCAAAACGUACAUAAAAGAAGUUGGGAAAGUGUGGCAACAUCCAUAAAACUAACUUAAGUUGUUGUUAUACUAAAUACCGCGUUGACAGCCACAAGUGGCAGAAGCUCAAGGAGCUGUCUUAAAUAAGUGCGACUAAGAAGCUGCCACAGAGCUCUGUUGAAAGCCCAAGUGGCCAAUCGCAAACAGCGGCAACAACGUUGGCGUGCAACGUCCUUGACAUAGAGCGGACGAACGCACAAAUCAGCCCAAAGUGAAGUGGAAGACGACAUCAUCGGACGAUGAAUUGGACGCGCGUGUUGCUAAUCGGCCUGGUGGCCGCCUUGGCGCUGGCACUUGUGGAGGUUGCAUCACUCUCACUGGAUCCAGUUGCCUCUGCUGAGCUGGAACAGUUUAUCAGGAAAGGAGAUGUGGUCAUUUCUACGCGUCACAUAAGACCCCGACGCAAGCUGCAUAUAUCCAUUGAGGCGCUGUUCAUGAUCGACUUUCCCAUGCUGAAGCAUAAGAUGUCCUUCUUCCUGGACCGCAAGCAGCAGCGCGUUACGCUGGACAUAAGCGCCAAUGGGGCGACAGAGUCACGCAACUUUGAGAUACCCAACAUAAAUGAGACGAGCACCAUACGAUCGUUGGCCCUGCAGUUCUCGAAGAAUCGCAUUACACUCCAUGUGGACUGCAAGCCGAGCACUUUCCACGAGAUUGACAUGAGCCUGUCCAAGCUGUAUACCCAAAUGGAUGAUCCAGUGAUUAAGCUGUUUAGGGAACGCAAAUAUCCACUGCACUUUGAUGCAGACAUGGAACACUCGCUGCAGCGUGCCAAUUGUCAAAAGGGUCUCCAUCGUCGGGGCAAUCGACGCAUGCUGCGGAACAAGAUCUCCGAGCGUGAGAAGAACAAGAAACGCGAUGUGCGCAGCAAUUGGUACCAUGAGCCAACUCUGGCCCGGGAUGGCGUCGAUCAGCGUCAGCAGGAAAUACCUACGGAUGUGGAGCGUGGCGAUAUACCCAUCAUGCAUGGCGAUUGUGAAGACGCCCUCGCACGAUCGCUGAGCGAUCUACUGGCAUUGGUUAAGCUGCUGCGCGAAGAUGUCGCCCACCAGCGUCAGGAGAUUGCCUACUUGCGCAUGCUCUUGGAGAACUGUGCGGGCUGCAAGGAGCCCAGUGGAGACAAUCAUAUACGCCUCGAGCCCAAUUGCCGCACUGCGAAUCCUUGUUAUCCUGGCGUUGAUUGCCACGAGACCGCCUCGGGACCCAGGUGCGGCCGUUGUCCUGCUGGCUUCAUUGGCGAUGGCAAAGUCUGCAAGCCCGGCGUCAGCUGCGCGGACAGGCCCUGUUUUCUAGGCGUUCAGUGUCACGAUACGGUGAACGGUGCCCAGUGUGACUCCUGUCCGGCUGGCUAUGAAGGUGAUGGACGCACAUGUUCGCUACGCAAUCCUUGCCUGGACACGCCAUGCCCCUCAGGUGUCGAGUGCAUUCAGUUGGGCUUCCCGCCCUACUUCCAGUGCAUCUCCUGUCCACGUGGCCACAAAAUCAAUGGCACCACCUGCCACGACGUGGACGAGUGUGCGAUCUAUCAGCCCUGCGAUGAGAGGGCCAUUUGCAGCAAUCUCAAUCCGGGCUUUCGCUGUGGACCCUGUCCGCCCGGCUUCGAUGGCAUCCAUGCACAUGGAUACUCGGCGGACUACUUGGCAGUGGGCUUCCAAAAGCAAACCUGCUUGGAUAUAGACGAGUGCAAAAUGGGCUUCUUUAGAUGUCCGGAACAUGCUGUCUGUCAUAAUAGUAUUGGCUCCUACAGAUGUCAGUGUCAGGAUGGCUAUGUGGCCAAUGGCACCUUCAGCUGCCUAUCUGCGGCUGAUAUCUGUCCCGAUGGCAGCAUCUGCGCCAGAAAUGCGGAAUGCGUGCCCACGGAUAAUUAUCAUUAUCAAUGCCGCUGCAGCGUCGGCUGGGCGGGCAAUGGGCGUGUCUGUGGCAGGGAUCGCGACUUGGAUGGCUGGCCGGAUGAGUCGCUGAACUGUGCGGAGGCGCACUGCCGUCGCGACAAUUGUCCAGAUUUACCGAACUCUGGUCAGGAGGAUGCCGAUCUGGAUGGCAUGGGCGAUGGCUGCGACGAUGAUGCAGACAGCGACCUGGUGCUAAACGGCAAGGACAACUGUCCGUUUGCCUACAAUAGCGAUCAGCUGGACUCGGAUCAUGAUGGCGUGGGCGAUGCCUGUGACAAUUGUAUCUUUAUUUCGAAUCGCCGGCAGCUGGACACCGACGAGGAUGGCCUGGGCAAUGAGUGCGACGAGGAUAUGGACAACGAUUCGGUGCUUAAUCAGUAUGACAAUUGUCCUGCGCUGCGCAAUCCGAACCAAUCCGAUGUGGACAACGAUGGUGUGGGAGAUGUGUGCGACAAUUGCCCCACUAUACCAAAUCCCACGCAGGAGGAUCGGGACAUGGAUCUGGUGGGCGAUGCCUGCGACAGCGACAUUGAUGGCGAUGACGACGGCAUACAGGACUCCGAGGAUAAUUGCCCCAUGGUCAGCAACUCGGAUCAGCUGGACACGGAUGACGAUGGCAAGGGCGAUGCCUGUGACGAUGACAUGGAUGGCGAUGGCGUGCCCAACUACAGAGACAACUGUCCACUGGCCAAGAACCCGCAACAGUUGGACAUUAAUCACAAUGGCAAGGGCGAUGUCUGCGAGGACGACGAGGACGAGGACGGCACGCCCAAUAUUAUCGAUAACUGUCCAAACAAUUCCAUGAUACAACGCACCGAUUUCCGCACUAUACGUUCGGUUAUAUUGGAUCCUGAGGGCGAUGCUCAGCUGGAUCCUAACUGGGAGGUGCAUGCAAAUGGUUCGGAGAUCAUACAAACUCUCAAUUCCGAUCCGGGCCUGGUGGUUGGUAGCGAUUCGUUCGGAGGUGUCGAUUUUGAGGGCACUUUCUAUGUCAACGACGAUACGGACGACGACUAUGUGGGCUUCAUCUUUAGCUACCAGAGCAAUCGCAAAUUCUAUGUGGUGCAGUGGAAGAAGGGCACCCAGACCUAUUGGCACUCGUCGCCCUUCCGCGCCUCCGCCGAGCCGGGCGUCCAGAUAAAGCUGAUUGACAGCAACACAGGUCCCGGGUCCAUGUUGCGUAACAGCUUGUGGCAUGCCGGCGACACGCCUGGUCAGGCAAGGCUGCUGUGGAAGGAUCCAUUGAAUGCGGGCUGGAAGGAGAAGACCUCAUAUCGCUGGUCCCUGGUGCAUCGACCUUCCAUCGGGCUCAUCAGACUGCGCAUAUAUGAGGGCGAACGUUUGAUUUUGGACUCGCACAAUGUUUACGAUGCCACACUCACCCUCAAGGGCGGACGGCUGGGCGUUUUUUGUUUUUCCCAAGAAAUGAUUAUAUGGUCGGAUCUGGUUUACAAAUGCAACACACGCGUACCGCCCCUCAUCUACAACGAACUGCCCACACAUCUCAAGCUCAAGGUGGAACUGGAGAACUAAGCAGAGCCCAGGCGCGGUGGUUAUAUCUGGUUUCUGGCCUAGCUUUCAAAGCAGCAAAAGAUUGAAGGACUCAAGGAUUCUGAUCGAUUCAAAGGACUAUUACGAAUCUAACGAGGCUAUUCCUUCCAGGAUCGGACAUAUAUUAAGCCAGAUAUAGUUAUUUUAGGUUACAAUCGAAAAUACACGUAAAAAACAACAAAUUUGUUAAUUUUAAC